UUUCAUUUCGUGUCUUUUUGGCGCCUCUAGCUGUCGUCGGAAGUUCUUAACAGGAGGACAGGAACCUGGUGUUCUCGUGUUUUGCGCGCAGCAGAUUUGUGCCUGCCUUCUCUGCGCUAUGCUAACAUAGUCUGGAACUUCAAUUUUAACCCAAGUUUGGAGAGCAGGUUUCCAUGUGAGUGUGAUCCUGGAAAGAGGAUAGAGUGGAAAGCAUUUCUGACCGGCUUUUGGUGGAAACCACUGAAAGGAAGUGAGGUGUGACGGCAAAGACACUCUUUCCUUGGGCUCUUUGGCUGGUGUUGGCUUCCUAUUGAAGAGCAAUGGAGCAGAACAACAGUUUGACCCCUUUUGCCCAAGGACUCGCCUCUCCCCAGAGUGUCAUGACACCUGGUCCUCCGAUCUUCAGUCCCAUGAUGCCCUAUGGCACUGGGCUGACCCCACAGCCUGUGACAAACACCAACAGUCUGUCUGCACUAGAGGAGCACCAGAGGCUGCAGCAACAACAACAGCAGCAGCAGGCCUCGGCACAACAAGGGGGUGUUGCAGGCACGUCCGGACAGACCCCCCAGCUUUAUCACUCCCAGGCCAUCACCACGACAACGUCACUGCCUGGCAACACGCCACUCUACAACCCCCUCACGCCCAUGACCCCCAUCACCCCCGCCACACCUGCGUCAGAAAGUUCUGGAAUAGUCCCCCAGCUCCAAAAUAUUGUAUCAACGGUCAACUUGGGGUGCAAAUUAGACCUGAAGACGAUAGCAUUGCGUGCCAGGAAUGCUGAAUACAACCCAAAGCGUUUUGCUGCAGUCAUCAUGAGAAUACGAGAGCCCAGAACUACUGCUCUCAUCUUCAGCUCAGGAAAAAUGGUGUGCACAGGAGCCAAAAGUGAAGAGCAAUCACGCCUCGCAGCCAGGAAAUAUGCCAGAGUAGUGCAGAAGUUGGGUUUCCCUGCGAAAUUCCUAGACUUCAAGAUUCAGAACAUGGUGGGCAGCUGUGACGUCAAGUUCCCCAUUAGACUGGAAGGACUGGUGCUCACCCAUCAGCAGUUCAGCAGCUACGAGCCAGAGUUGUUCCCUGGAUUAAUCUACAGAAUGAUCAAACCUAGAAUUGUGCUUUUGAUAUUCGUGUCUGGUAAAGUUGUACUCACAGGCGCAAAGGUUAGAGGAGAAAUCUACGAAGCAUUCGAAAACAUCUACCCCAUCUUGAAAGGAUUUAGGAAAACAACAUAAGGAUGCUGCAAAAUGGAAGCUCUGGGAUUAGGUUAUGCUGUGACAACCUAAUGCUUUCGGACAUUUUUUUUAGUAGGCCUGUACAGUUGCAUCUGUGUAUGUAUGUAAGUAUGUCUGUAUAUAUACAUCAAGGACUCCUUCAGAUCACCAUACUGGUGAGGCUAAUCCAGAGGAGAAACUCGCUUGAACUGAUUUCAUUGCCUUUUAAUACCUUUUUUUAGGUGGUCCUCCAAGCCCGUUCAUCUGUCACAUUUUAGGAAAGAAAUCUUAACGUGUUCGUUUUAGUCAUUUCUGUACCCUUUCACACAUUCCUUGUUCCGGUGGGCGUUUGAAAUUUUAUGUACGAGUUCGGUUUCUUAGCAUAUUUUAAGUACUUAAAAAGUUGUGAACGAUCUGAAAAAUUGGUACAUGGUUUGCCAGGCUGGAUCCAUUCAUCUACCUUUUCAAUGGCAUCAACUUGUUCGUAUCGUGGUGAGACAAGAAUUUCCUCCUGAUCCUAGUCUUCGGAAAGCUGUUCUGAUGAAGGGGGGAAAUGCAAGUUAUGGUGGCUAGACAAACCGUUCAUUAUCUUUUAUUUAAUUUAAAAUUUUAGUAAUGUCAUUUGUUUUUAAAUAUGCAUUUGAAAUGCCAUUGUCAGUUUUGUCACUUGGUUGUGCAUUUUAUCAUGAGCAAUAAUGUUAUGGCUUGGCUCUCCGUCUUGCCCCUUUUUAAAAAGCACUCUUCUGUGAUUACUUCUUGUUUUGCCCUAAUUCUCAUCAGUUCUAACUUGGGCAAAAAUAAAUACUUCCUUACCAAA